CAGAGGUCGCAUGGCAUAUGGGGAAGAACGGUCCUACCACUUCUCUGUCCUGGAACCAAUGCAAGAAUAUACACCUCCGCACACAAAGCCUAUGGAGUCAGCGAACAGCGGGAAAAUAGAAGCAUAUUUAAAGGAAUUUUCUCGUGCUUUUAAAGAAACCAAAUAAGAAAGGAUUUAGCGGAGGUUUUAUUUAACUGCUCUGGAAGAACGGACUAGUAUUGCCAUAAGUGCAUUGCACUGUACAUUGUUUUGUUGUAGUUGGAGUGUUUUGUUUCUCGAAAGUGGCUGCCUUUGGGUGCUGAAAAGGACUGCGCAUCACUAAAACGAGUUGCUGCCGAAGUUCGACCGCGAACGGAUGUGAGGGGAGAGUGCAGUGACAAACUCAACCCCCUUCUUUUUCUUUCGCUCUUAUCAUUUUUUUGUUUUUGUUAAACAAUAGUGAGUCUAAGACACUGAAACUGAUUUCAUGCCUUCAGUCUUGUGCACGCUGAAAUGGACGUGAGAUUUUAUCCGGCGCCCCCGUCAAGUGUGGGUUCAUGUACCUUGCCGACUGAUCCAAGUUGUCUGGGAUCGCUGGACUAUUACCACUCAAACAAGGCCCGGUACAGUGUGGGUGAACGAGGGGUUAGGAUCCUCCACGGUACCCCACCUCCAGGCUCCAACCCAGCUGGGAAAAGACUGCCCACUGCUGGGUUUGAUGGUGACAACAUGUACAUGAAUGACAAUAACCAAGAGUUUCGGUCACCAAACCAGAGCUACUCCAGUCAGGGCCGAGGCAGCAACGGCGGAGGAGGAGGCGAUGAAGAUUAUGAGAUCCCGCCCAUCACUCCCCCGAACCACGCCGACCCCUCUCUGCUCCACCUCAUGGAUCCUGAGUCAGGCUACUCCUUCCACGGCCUGCCCCACAACGGGCUGCUUAACCCCUACUCCUACCCGGAGCUGCCCGCCCUAAUGAUGUCCAACAUGCUGGGGCAGGAUAGCCACCUCCUCGCUGGGCCCAUGCACGCGUGGUUGAGGCAUACAGCUGGAUCCACAUAUCCGUUGGGAUGGGACGUUGAACCAUCUCGACCAAAGACCACUUAUGAGAUCACAGGAGAGAAGAGGCCCUCCUCAGAGAUGAUGAAGCCCAAGCCCAAACCACAGAAGAAGAAGAAGAAGAAGGACCCAAACGAGCCUCAGAAGCCCGUGUCGGCCUACGCCCUCUUCUUCAGAGACACGCAGGCGGCCAUUAAGGGCCAGAACCCCAACGCCACCUUCGGGGACGUGUCCAAGAUCGUGGCGUCCAUGUGGGACAGCCUGGGGGAGGAGCAGAAGCAGGGGUACAAGAGGAAAACUGAGGCGGCCAAGAAGGAGUACCUGAAAGCUCUCGCCGCUUACAGAGCCAGCCUGGUUUCCAAGACCUACAACGAUCCUGAACCAAAAAGUGCCCAGACCACCCAGUCCUCCCACCUGCUGCCCCCCAAGCAGCCCCUGUACAGCGUACCCCCCCAGCCCUCCUCCCCCUACCUGGGCCCCCCGGGGUCAUUCCCCCUGUCGGACCUCCAGAGCUUCGCUGGGCCUCCCCGCCACGCCCUGGCCAGGACCCUCAGCCAGUCUCAGAUGCUGCCGCCCAGCAUGAGUGCCUCUCCCCCCUCACCCUUCCAGAUCAGCCCGCCCCUCCACCCCCAGCUCUCCCUGCACCAGAGCUCCCUGCUCAACCAGCCAAUCCGCAUGCAGCAGGUGCAGUCGCAGCCAAUCAUCUCGCACCAAAUGGGGCUCCAGGCGUCUCUUCACUCCCCUCCUCUGAGCCAGCAGGGAUUCUCUCACAUUCAGGCUGACUACCAGAACAGUGUGGGCCCCCAGUCUCCCGGGGCUCCUAACCCGGUCCACGGUCAGAAUCCCGACUGGGAUGGCGAGUACUGCAACAGGGACUGCGGGCCCAACCACUGCAGCAGUGGUAUGGGAGCUCGUGACAAGCCUCUCUACCUCACUUGAAGCUGAAGAACCUAGAAAUGUCAGACUCCAGGGAGCUUUCCAACCUAUGAUAACGUCAUCGAUGUAUCUUCACCUCCAUCUUGUUUUUAUCUGAAGGAUUUCUAAAAUCCCAAAGACUGCAACACACCUGUUUGCCAAGCACUUAGACUGGACAGAAGCCGGAGGCUCUUCUCCUGCUUGCUUGUUUCUCAUGAACGUUACAUUUUCGGGAGGG